AUGGGUGGAAAUGUUGUCGUCCUCCUCCACGUGCUCAAUGCUUGCUUUGCGGUGUUGGGCUAUUUUCUCCUUGUGGCUGCUCCUGAACCGGUGAAGCAGUCAUUUGCUAAUGCAGUCAAACUAAAGGAGUUUACUUUUUUGGGUCAAGGUGAAGACCCUCUUGAUCUCAAGAAAUGUUUUAUUGAUAUUAAUAAUCGUCAAGCCAGAGAAGACUCUGCUAUUAGGCAAGGUGAGUUGGUGGCUGAAAGAUUUGGGAUUGGUGUUACAGCUGAAGCUCAGAGCAUUUUUUAUGCUCUGUCCAAAACGCUUCCAGUGCGCUGGGACAAGACUACUAUAGUUGUGAUGAAUGAAGUGCGCAUUACUAGCCCAUAUCUUCCUGAGUCCGUCCUUGGAGGAACUCCAGCUGCCAAUGAGCUAGUGGAGAAAGUGCUUGAGUUUGAGAGGAAGAGAUUACAAACUCACUAUGCUGGUCAAUGACUAUGUUACUCUGUCAUGCAUUGAGGGUGAAUUGGUGCCAUCGUGUUCGGAUUACUAAGGGAAUGGCUUCUCAACUCUCUGAGCAUCAAGUUCUUUUUGGAUUGGUACCCAGUUUUGAUGGAGAAGUUUCCCUCAUGCAGUUGUGAGGCAUGCUCAAGGAAUCUAUAAUGUGGAAGGGGAUAAGAACUAUAAAGCAUAUAUGUCUCCAGAAUAUUUCGACGCACACCUUACUCCACUUGGCUGGCAACAGGACUAUGCAAACUAUUGUUGGGGUAUUUGGUGGUGAUGGCAUACAGACAGGACGGAUAUCCUGCCACUCAUGUUGGCAAAUGCAGGAAAUAGUCGGCGUGCUGCAAUUUCAAAUCUUAAUUGUCCUCCUAUCGUUGCAUUAGAACUUUGUCGAGAGCAUUUGGUAGGUCCUUUGAAGGUUAUGUGUGCACUUUUGAUUUUAAAUGUGAACAUUCUUGUGGCUGUGGAUGGCAUUUUGAUCUUCUUGGUUUCAA